AUGGACAUCAAACCACUCCCUUUGGAGGGGUACAUCUACACCCCUCUGUCCAACACAGGCGAAAUCCUCGACAAUCUUUCAUCCAUUUCAGCUUGGCCUUCUUACGAUGGAACAAACGGAUUCAUUGCACCAUCUCUUCCCGAGAGGCAACAACAGCAGCAGCACGAUACCUUUGAAUCGAUUACCAGCAUCAAACAAGAACAUCAAGUCCAUCCUUUCAACGCUAUAUAUUCCGCCGAUUCCCUUUCUCCCUUCAAUUCGACCGCUCCCCCCACCGAUUCCUCAACUAACUCUUCCCUCUCUCACGCCAACUACCCAAGCAACGACACCUUUGCCGACUUUAACAGCCGCCACCUCAACGACGCUAACGAUCCCAACGACAACAAAGACAUUCAAAGAUCGUUUGACUUCAACAGCCUAUUUGAACGCCCUGACACGUCGUACAAACACGACAGCAACAUUGAGAGCGCUCAAAAAAACAAAGACAUGGAAUUGUUCUCGACCACCUACACCACCAAGAGUACCGCUGCCCUCAACGUCAACAAGCCCUCUCCCUUCUCGAUUUACCUUCCCUAUCUGACCAUGAGCCGAUCCUCCAGCUUUACCAGCGCAGUCUCCUAUAUCGAUCCCGCCCUCCUUACCAAAAACAACAACUACGACAACAACGAUGCUUCUUCAAGAUGCGCUGUCGAGUCCAACUUUUCGUCCCCUCAGGCUCGCCACCUCUUGACCUUUUCCGAUGGUGGUCUGAAGACCGGAGAUGACAGCUACACGACCAUGCAGAUCGAGGACAGUCUCCAAAUGGGUUCACCUGAAUUUAUAUCAUACUCUUCCGACCAAUUCGAACCCCAGUCUCCUCUCUCUUCGUUAUCUGUCGCCGCUGCCGCUUCUCCUACUGUCCCUGCUCAAGGGAGUUCUCUUCGUGCUAACCCCUUGACAUUCCAGGACAUUCACAUGGCUGACGGGUCUAUCAUCCGUUUUGACGGGGCCUCUUUCCGACCUGUGCCGUCGACCACCACGGCCACGAUCUCAACUAUGAUGAAUAACCCUUACAUAUCCUCUAGUCUCAUGACUGUGUUCGAUCCAACCCUGUCCCCCUCGUCGUCAAUGAUGAUGACUAGCCCUCACCAGUGCAUGGCAGCUGCUGCUUCGACUGACGUCGCUUCUAGUUACUAUAGCACUACGAGCUUGGACCCCUUCUCUUACCACCACCACAAGUUCCCUUCGAUCAACGACUCUUUUAAGACCUACAACAAGUCACCCUACCACAGACACCUUCCUCAAAAGUCGGCCGCAACCACGACUGAUUCGGCCGCGUUUGCUGCUGCCCUGUUGACUCCUCAGCCCGCUCGCUGCGGUUCGAACAACUUUCCCUACUCGACAGGUUCAAUUGCCUGCAGACGAUCCAGACGUCUGAUGGGCAAUCACAGUCGCCACAGCAGCGCAACUUCUUUCAAAAACUUUGAUGAGCACAACCACAAGCGGUCUUCGGCAUCACCCUCGUCCUUUUCCUCGUCUUCCUCACCUUUGGCGUCGUCUUUGUCGACCUUCACUUCAGAGGCAUCUACCUCGUCAGACUCUUCGUCCGAGACCCCACCUUCCCCCUCCAGCCCCUCGAAAUCAUCCGCAAAGUACCGCAAGGAUAAGAAUGGCCAAUUCCAAUGCCCAUAUGCCGGCUGUGACUACCGCUACAACCUCAAGCGCGAGUUCAACCGCCACCGCAACGUCCACGUCUUUGCUGGAAAGGACAAGUACCGCUGCAUGAACUGUAACAGUGGACUCUGCCGCCUGGACUCUGUGAAGCGACAUAUGGAGGCCAAGGGCAAGGCCGAGUGUCUGAGAAAAGGGUUCUAUGAGGAGUUCCAUGAGUGCGGACAGUAUUCGUUGAUCCGCAAGUGUAAGCCGACUUGGUACGAGGCUGCUGCCGCUGCGCGUGCUGCUUCUUUGAAGGGCAAGGCUAUGGCCUGA